AUGCUUCAUUCGCCUCACAAACAACCACAGAACCACAAGUGCGGUGCAAACUUUCUCCAGGAGGACAGCAAGAAGUCUCUGGUUUUUAAAUGGUUAAUCUCCGCAGGUCACUACCAGCCACCGAGACCAACAGAGUCAUUUAAGGCUGCAAGCAGAAUUUACAACAGAGGGUACAAGUUCUAUCUGAAAAUAAAAGGAGGGACUAUGGCAUCAAACAGCCUCUUCAGCACAGUGACACCAUGUCAGCAAAACUUCUUUUGGGAUCCGAGCACCAGCCGGCGCUUCAGCCCCCCCUCCAGCAGCCUGCAGCCCGGCAAGAUGAGCGACGUGAGCCCGGUGGUGGCUGCGCAACAGCAGCAGCAGCAGCAGCAACAGCAGCAGCAGCAGCAACAGCAGCAGCAGCAGCAACAGCAGCAGCAGCAGGAGGCGGCGGCGGCGGCAGCGGCGGCGGCAGCGGCCGCGGCGGCCGCGGUGCCCCGGUUGCGGCCGCCUCACGACAACCGCACCAUGGUGGAGAUCAUCGCUGACCACCCGGCUGAACUCGUCCGCACCGACAGCCCCAACUUCCUGUGCUCCGUGCUGCCCUCGCACUGGCGUUGCAACAAGACCCUGCCCGUGGCCUUCAAGGUGGUAGCCCUCGGAGAGGUACCAGAUGGGACUGUGGUUACCGUCAUGGCGGGUAAUGAUGAAAAUUAUUCUGCUGAGCUCCGAAAUGCCUCUGCUGUUAUGAAAAACCAAGUAGCAAGGUUCAACGAUCUGAGAUUUGUGGGCCGGAGUGGACGAGGCAAGAGUUUCACCUUGACCAUAACUGUCUUCACAAAUCCUCCUCAAGUCGCCACCUACCACAGAGCUAUUAAAGUUACAGUGGAUGGACCCCGGGAGCCCAGAAGGCACAGACAGAAGCUUGAUGACUCUAAACCUAGUUUGUUCUCUGACCGCCUCAGUGAUUUAGGGCGCAUUCCUCAUCCCAGUAUGAGAGUAGGUGUCCCGCCUCAGAACCCACGGCCCUCCCUGAACUCUGCACCAAGUCCUUUUAAUCCACAAGGACAGAGUCAGAUUACAGAUCCCAGGCAGACGCAGUCUUCCCCGCCGUGGUCCUACGACCAGUCCUACCCCUCAUACCUGAGCCAGAUGACGCCCCCGUCCAUUCACUCCACCACCCCGCUGUCCUCCACCCGGGGCACCGGGCUGCCUGCCAUCACCGACGUGCCCAGGCGCAUUUCAGAUGAUGACACUGCCACCUCUGACUUCUGCCUCUGGCCUUCCACUCUCAGUAAGAAGAGCCAGGCAGGUGCUUCAGAACUGGGCCCUUUUUCAGACCCCAGGCAGUUCUCAAGCAUUUCAUCCCUCACUGAGAGCCGCUUCUCCAACCCACGAAUGCAUUAUCCAGCCACCUUUACUUAUACCCCGCCAGUCACCUCAGGCAUGUCCCUCGGUAUGUCCGCCACCACCCACUACCACACCUACCUGCCACCACCCUACCCCGGCUCCUCCCAAAGCCAGAGCGGACCCUUCCAGACCAGCAGCACUCCAUAUCUCUACUAUGGCACCUCGUCAGGAUCCUAUCAGUUCCCCAUGGUGCCCGGGGGAGACCGGUCUCCUUCCAGAAUGCUACCGCCGUGCACCACCACCUCGAACGGCAGCACGCUCUUAAACCCAAACCUGCCGAACCAGAACGAUGGCGUUGACGCCGACGGAAGCCACAGCAGUUCCCCCACCGUUUUGAAUUCUAGUGGCAGAAUGGAUGAAUCUGUUUGGCGACCCUAUUGAAACUUCCUCAGCAGUGGCCCAGCGGCCUCUGGGAGCCACAUCCCAAAUGUAUCAACAUAUACAUAUAUAGAGAGUGCAUAUAUAUGUAUAUCAACUAGCCUAUCUACAAAGUGCCUAUUUUUUAGAAGGUUUUUUUUUUUUUUUUUUUUUGUCUUGGCAUUCACUCAUUCUGUCAUGAUCUUGCAACCCUCAGAGGGUAGCUCUUGAGAAGCAAGAGGCCCAAGAGAGACAAUCCUAAUCAGAUUCCAGAUCGUUCUCUAUUUAAACAUGUACCUUUGCGAGCAAACAAAGGAAAAAAGGUACUUUUGUUGCUGUUGUCAUUUGGUCUGUUAUCCUCAGUAACCUGUUCAGAUGCCAGUUCAGAGAGGUGGACUCCAAGUUCAGGAGGAAAAGCAAAGACGCUUGUCCCCUGUGCUUUGAAACCACACACCCUCACGGUGCCGCUGGGUGUGGACCAGUGCCCUCGGCAGACCCACUUACACAGCCGGUGCAGGUGCCCACGAAGGGAAAAGGGGCAGAAAGAAUGCUUCCGUUCCCUUGCCAUCCAUUCAGAGUAACUGUUCCAAACUUUGGCUUUCACACUUUCUGCAAGUACUCAUUUGAACUGUUUGGUUCAGUUGUUUUUAUUUUAAUUUUUUUCCUACUUUAAGAAAGUGACUUCAAAAAGUACCGAUCAGGAUAGAUUAUUUUAUUUUACCUUUUUAUACUUUUUUUUUUCCUUUUCCCAUUUAACCAAAAAGAAAUCCGAUCCCGAACUGCCCCCUUCCCACCUAACCCCUUCUUCUUUUACGCAAAACUGAAAAUGGCAAUACCUUAUUAUAGCCAUAAUGGUAGAGAUAGUGUUUGCGUUUGGCUGUGUGUUAUUUGUCUUCUUUUUUUUUUAAAUUAUGAAUAUGUGUAAAAUCUGAGGUAACUUGCUAACGUGAAUGGUCAUAUAACUUUAAAGAUAUAUUUAUAAUUAUUUAAUGACAUUUGGACCCUUGAAACAUUUCUUAGUGUAUUGAUAUGUUGACUUCGGUCUCUAAAAGUGCUCUUUAUUAAAUAACAAAUUUCUUCCGUGGGCUAGAGCCAUAUCUGAAAUAUUGCUAAGCAAUUUCAGUUCAUCCAGACACAAUGUGAUUUUUAAAAAUACUUCCAUCUCCAAAUAUUUUAGAUGUAGCUUGUUUUUGUGAUGUAUGAAGGAAAUGUUAUGUUUAGUUCUUUUCAGAUCUUUGAUUGCCUCUAACACAGCUUUGCCUUUUAAAAAGCAAUAAUCAGAGAUUUAAAAAGCAACCCUUAGUCCUUUAUCACUUAUGUUGCUCUUUGUCAGCAUGAAAUGCUGGAGUGAUGUGGUUUCCUAAUUUCUUUGAAAUAAUGAUGACUCUUGUCAUAUUAAAAAGACAAGCACAAGUGAAUCCUUGAACUGCAGAACAAUGUUCUGUGGUUUCAUAGUUAAAGCAAAACUCGACAUCACCAGUGAAGACGUAGUCAGCUUAAAGCCACACAUGAGGCUGAAGGAUCAGUCGUGAUACACACGGUACAGGAAAGCAAAACUGCUACAGGGAGUGUUACCCAAAACGCCUUACCGAACAGUAAGUCAGGGGAACCCAAAUCUGCCUUAGCCCGGGGCCCCACUGGCAGCUUCCCACAGAAUUUGCAUUUAACGGAGCAGAGUUAGGUCCUUGUCUUCUGGGAGCAGGGUCGUCUGAAGGAGCAGGCAAGUUCCAGCAGGCAGCGGAUCUGAGAACAUACAGGCAGUGGGGACCCAUAAUACAGCCUCUGAUAGUCAUAUUUCUCACCAUGGGGGGCGAAGGGAAGGCAAAGCUAGGUGGAAUUUGGUGUCUACUACUGCGUAUGAAUUUGAGCCGAAGCCCUCCUGUCGGAUGCACUUUGACCACUCCUGGCGGCCACGUGGCAGAUUCUCAAGUGUGGAUCCUUGAUCCAAGCCAGGACCACUUCACGACACCACCAGGCAGAUCCCCACCCACCUCCCCCACAGGUCAGGGCCCUUUCAUUUAAAGCUUGUGCCCGCCCCCAGGCAGAACCUUUAGAGAUUUGCCUCCAGCCCCAGAGGCCCCUUGCUCCCCGGUCAUCAUCGUCCAGCCCACCUCAUAGAGCACCAAGCAUCUUGGGACGGCUCGUGGGGCAUUGGACCUGUGCUCCUCGCCUGGGAAUUCACCCUGACUCCUCCUAGUAAAGAUCGAGGGGAAAACCAAGCCCAACCAAAACAAAACACUUUGCCUUCUAAAGGUUGUAUACCAAGUAUGCUUAGAUAAAUAAGCCACUUUCCUAUUACUGAAGAUGGAAGUAGUAAUUGAUACUAUUUAUUAUUUGUGUGUGGUAGCUUGAAGCAAGCCACUGUCCAUUUAUUUGUAAGUGUAAAAUAUGUGUGUUUGUUUCAGUAGCACUUAAAAAAGCCAGUGUCUGGUUACACAUUUCAAUCUUAAUUAAUUGACAGAAAAAUGUUACUGCCAGUGCCAGCUGUACCCUAUUUAAUAAAAAAGGUACUAUAUCUGUACAUUCUUUUUUAAUGUUGAAAGGGCUUUUUUAAGUUUACAGUACACAUACUAAGUGACUUGAGGGAUGCUUUUGUGUUGAAAUGUUAGUAUAGUGGCUGCAGGCAGCAACCCAGAAACACUUUAAAAGUUUUCUUUUUUUUUCCUCGGGAAAAAUUCAAGCACUUCUUCCUUCUCCCCUCACUCAAACCAUUCCAAUGGGGUAAUUUACAUUUCUUAGAUCAAAUUCAGCCCUUUUUUAGCCCGGGGGUUAAAUUUUUCUAUCUUUUUUUUUUUUUUUUUAACCAAAUCCUUAAUUUGCACUGGAUCACGUGUAUGAUUUUUGAUUUCAAGACCAAAGCAAAGCCUUACUGCUACUGUGGAACCAUGAACUAGCCAGCACUCUACUUCCUUCAGAUUAAAAAGGCAUGGUUUACAGCGUGACCAAUACAGCCACUUUUUUAACCUGUUCUAACCUAUGUCAGAGUUCCAGAACAGGUACCGAAGCUUUAGGGUUUUUUUUUUUUUGUGAAAUGACAUCCAGGUUGGAACUGAAAGACUCAACAGAUCAGCUGUGGUUCGCUCUUCAGGCCGUCUUACCCCCACCAGGGCCUUUUAAAAGUGAGCAGAGAACUGUAUACCAUUGGGGCGCAUCCAUUGCAGAUUCAGAGGGGAAGAGAUGUGUGUGCUGGCUGAAAGAGUUCCCUCCAUUCCCAGGAAAGGGACUGACUCAGAGUCUAGGUGAAUGCAUGGAAACACAAAGCAUUAGCAAAAACAAUAAUUAUACCUAUGACAUUCGAAAGAACCAUAAUAAAUAAAAUAAAUAAAAGACGACUCUUCCAAACCUUGAAUUUGUUGUUCUUCAAAAGAUAACACAUUUGAAACAUAUUUUCUAUGUGAGAAUUUUUUAGAUGUUUGUUUACUUCAUGUUUACAAAUAACUGUUUGCUUCUUCAUGCAGUACUUUGAAAUAUAUCAGCCAAAACCAUAACUUACAGUAAUUUCUUAGGUAUUUUGAAUAAAAUUCCAUUUUUUUGGAUAUGCUUUACCAUUCUUAGAUUUCUGUGGAACAAAAAUAUUUGUAGCAUUUUGUGUAAAUACAAGCUUUUCAUUUUUAUUUUUUUCCAGUCGCUGUUGCCCAAGAUUUGCUUUCUGUGCACAUAUUGUACAAAUUCUGCUUUGUGCCACAGGCCAUGAUUGUGGAUGAGUUUACUCUUAACUUCAAAGGGACUAUCUGUAUUGUAUGUUGCAACUGUAAAUUGAAUUAUUUGGCAUUUUUCUCAUGAUUGUAAUAUUAAUUUGAAGUUUGAAUUUAAUUUUCAA